AUGAAGUCUUCGUCUAGUCUCAAAUCCAAUUCAAACUUGGAAAAAAUCUUGACCAUUGAGGAUGUCAGAGAAACCCACAUUCCCUCACUCCUCAAUAGCCUCUCCGAGGCCAAGCGUUACCUUUCUGAGACCCACGCAGACAACAAUGAGGCAGGGAAAAUUUCCACUGAAAUUGAAAAGCUUCGUAAAGACCUCAUUUUCAUCAAGCAAGUUUUCACUGGACUGGACACUUUGGGAAAAAGCACAAGUGAUCUUUUCAAGGUUCUCCUCGAGCACAGCCUAGACCCGCUUUUGGAGCGAGGAACGCAGACUCGCUACCACGAGUCGCUUGAAAAGCAAUUCAAGCCAAAGCUUGGAGUGCUUGCUGAGGUUAUCAUCAAACUGAAGCUCCUACUUCCAUCACCGCACAAACUGUUGUUGGAUAGGUCCAAUCCUUUUCUACUGUCCAGCAUUCAUUUGGGUGCAGGCAAUCGUCUCAAUCAAUUGCUUGGCUUACACGCAAGUGAGGUGUUCUAUAAUAGCCAGGCUUUUAAUGAGUUCCAGAAUGUUUAUAACAGUCUUGGUACUGUUACUACAAAGCUGUGCUUGCUGUGUUUCGCUGUGUUUCCGGCUAAUGAGGUUCUAAAGAAGAAGCGUCUGGUACAUUGGUGGGUCGGAGAAGGCAUCCUCUACCCUCCGGUGGAGGAAAUUGCUGAUGGAAUAUUUGAGGAGUUAACAACUAAGGGCUGCAUUGAACCGGUCAGGAAAAAGAGGAGAUCAGACCCGCAUAGUUUUAAAUUGCACCCUCUAAUUCGUUCAGCAGUGAUUCGGAUGGCCAAAGAAGUCGGAUUCUUACAAUUUGAUGACAAAGGGAGACCAACAACUGAGUUCUCAAGCUCUUAUCGGGCUUGUCUUGUGAGUGGUUGUCGUCAUCUGGAAUUGGUAACUAAAACCGAUAUGGAAUUAGAAAAACUGCAGACUAUAUUCAAUGUGAACGAGUCUUAUCCAAAUUUUUCCAAAGUGGAAUGGUCCAGGUUGAAGAAUGUGAAGGUUCUUUAUCUUGGAAGGUGGCACAGCAGGGCUAAACAUCACAUUGAAGUAGUCGACAUCGAUUUCUUGAAAGGGUUGAUGUUUAUGACACGUUUGAGGUUUCUCAGCCUCCGAGGAAUAUCAGGGAUCAUGGAGCUACCUGAUUCAUUAUGCAAGCUUGUUUGUUUGGAAAUCUUGGAUCUUGGAGCAUGUCACAAUCUAGAGGUGCUUCCGGAGAAAAUAAGCUCGCUUAAGAAGCUCACACACUUGGACAUGUCCGAGUGUUACUUGCUGGAUCGUAUGCCUAAGGGGAUCGCAUCGCUCUCAGAACUUGAAGUUCUUAAAGGGUUCAUAAUUGGUGAUCACAGGCAUAACACUUCGUGUACUCUGCAUGAUUUGUCAGAAUUGCAAAAGUUGAAAAAAUUGACAAUCAACACAAGCAGGGAGGAUUUUCCCAAGGAAGAAGAGCUAACUGUCUUGCAAGGAUUUGGUUCACUUCUAAAGCUAACAAUAGCAUGGGGAGGAGUAGACUUCCUUGCUAACCGCCAGGAGAAGCAUAGUAAGCAACACAGAGUUGGAGCACAACCUAAAACAAGCACGACAGAUGCCAGAGGGGGUAUCAGAAAAGAAGAUCAUGCUAAUGGUGUUCAAAAUGAUGUGCGCAGAAUUCCGGCAAGGUUAGUAACCUCGAGGCGAGGGGCUACUCAGGAACAUUUCAAAGUACUUGAGAAACUGGACUUGCAAUGCUACCCUCAUAUGAAAGCACCAAGUUGGUUGGCGCCUGGAAAGCUCGAGAAGCUGAAGAAACUCUACGUUAGAGGGGGACAGCUCCAAAGUCUAGGUCAAGUUCAGGAGAGUGAGAAGUGGACAGUUGAGAUGUUGCGUCUGAAGUUCUUGAGUGAACUAAAGUUAGAUUGGAAUGAACUCCAGGCAGCAUUUCCAAAAUUGAAUUAUGUGGAGAAAUUUAGAUGCCCUAAGACCACUUUCUUCCCCUGCAAUGAGAAUGGAAUCUGGCUGAAAACUGAAAACUGA